AUGAACUGGAAGCAACACAACUUUGGGGGAUUCGAGGGUCUGAAGGCAGGGGUCACGGUCAAGACCUUCUUGGAAGAACUGCAGAGGGCUUUUGGGGACUCCAAUGCAGAGCAAGUUGCUGCUGCCCGACUCAUGGCCCUGCGCCAAAACAAACGAUCCUUUGCGGACUACAUCUCCGACUUUGAGAUGUUGGCCGCGGAUGCGGGAUACAAUGUGGUUGACACCACCAAUGACAAGGGCAAAUACAAGAAGGGGGACCAAGACAAUAUCCUCAUCAAGUUCCUGGAGCGCGGACUCAGCAGCGAGAUCGCCAGUUGCCUUUACAACACGGGUGUCCCUCUGCCCAAGGCCUAUGGGGUGUUCAAAGCCUGGUGCAUCAACAUCGAAGCCAAUGCUCUGCGUGACCAGCUACGCAAGGCAUCCUACGGGCAUCCCACAACACGACCACCUCCCCAAUUCCGCCCGCAGGCGGCUCCAACAAUGCCUACACCUGCUCCGGCACAACCUGCCGCCGAUGAACCAGUUCCGAUGGAAAUCGACUGCACCAACGCCCGCAGCCGCAACAUCAUCUGCUACAACUGUCAGCAGCCUGGGCACAUUGCGCGGAACUGCCCGGAGCCAAGGAAGAAGUGCACGUUCUUCAAUCGGGCCAUGAUGCUAGAAGAGAUCGAGAACGGGGACAAGGACAACAAGUUCCUCAAGGAGAUCACCGAGAAGCUGCACGAGAAGGGUUUUUGA